CGCUGUGCGGCUCUUUGCUCGUUUGCUUACCAGCUCUCUCUCGUCCAGGUCCUCCUCCAGGCAUGUCCUCUGCCCCUGGAAUGGCACCGCCUCCUGGUGUCCAGCCGCCCAAUAGUGCCACACAAGCUAAUCGACCAAGCGGCCUUCCUGCGUCCUUCCAACCGCCACCGAACCUACCCAACAUCAACUUCAACGCCCCGGUGAUCCGCUUGGGCGCCAGCAUGCCGCCGGCGAAAACCGGUUCGUCAAUCAGUAGCGACCGCAAGGACUCGCACACCCCGACAUCCGGCAGGCCCGGUCUUGGAGCCGACCGUGCGGAUCAGUCGCGCGGCCAAACGAGGGAGAGCAUGCAGUCGUUGAUUCCGCCCACCGCGGAGGAGCGGCUCCGAACAAUCUUUGUCCACAAGAUCCCGGAGGGUGUUGGCGGCGAGGCGGGCAUCCAGCAGCUGCUCAGCACGGUCGGCAGGCUGCGGCGGUGGGAUUCAGGACAGUCGCAUCUGUCGGAGCACAAGGGGGCCCUGUUUGGGUUCGCACAGUACGAAGACCCCGAAUCGCUAGCCGCUGCAGUCGAGUUACUCAAAGACAUCGAGGUGCCCGUGAAGAAGCAAUCCCCGACCGAGAACCCGCCGGCCGACGACGACGACAAGUUCGAAGGCAUUGACAAGGAAAAGCUCAAGGUCGAGGUGGAUCCGAGCACCGUCAAGUAUUUAGAGUCCUGGAAGGAAACGAGGCCAUCCGACGACUCCGCGCUCGAGGCACGGAUCAACGAGGCGGGAACUGCGCUGAAGCAGUUCGUUCGCGACUUGUUCUACCCGCGCGUCACUAGCGGCCGGGAUGCCGAGGGCGACACCGCCAUGGCUAACGGUUCGAAUGGCCUAGGAGAGAACGUCGAGGUGAUUAACAUUCCCUUGGCUCCCGAAGACGAGCUGGCAGACAUUCCGGCCGAGAUGCGGGCGACCGUGGCCGCCGAGAUUGCAGCUUUCCGAGAAAGGAGCAACAAGCGAGAUUUGGAGCGUCUCCGGAAGGAGGAAGAGUUCGAAGAGAUGGAACGUCAACGCAAUGGCGCGCCCCGCAAGUCGCGUCUAGACUCCCCGCCGCCGAGCAAUUCCAACAUGGUUCCGCUAGCGCCCCGCGGCGCUCCGAAUGCCCCGGCGGGUCCCAAGGGACAGAGCCGUGGCGUGGAGUUUGUCAACGGCGGCACGACCAACGGGCAACGGUUUCCGGACGACGAUGACACGGAUGCAGAUGACGAGGAGCUUUACAAUAGGGAGCUGGCAAAACAGCGGGCGGAGGACGAGAAGCUCUACCUAGAGGCCGAGCGGAAGUGGGUCAACCGUGAACGGCAGCGCGCAGCCGCGCUCGACAGAGAACGGGAACGCGAGCGGUCAGAAACAGAAGGUUUCGCCCGCAGGAGGGAGGAGCAGCUCGAGAGGGACAAGAAUUGGGAUGACGACCGUGAGGCAUCGCGCAAGAGUCAUCUCUACUACCGCGAUCACGGCCAGUGGAUCAGGGAACGGACUGCUUUCCGAGCAGCAGAGGCGGCCCGGGACGAGAUGGACCGGCGCGCCGAGGAGGAGGAGCGGCGCAGGGCGGAGGCCGAGAUGGAACAUGCCAGAGACAUGGCCGAUUCCUUCCUGGAGCGGCAGGCCGCGGAAAUGGAGAGGCAACCAGCAGCCCCUGCGGCACCGCAGCGCGUCACCAUCUCCUUUGGUGCGGCGGCCCAGAAGGCGGCUCAGCGCACUGCGGCCCCACGCCGCACCGUGGCCGAGGUUGAAGGUCUGCUCGACGACGAGGAGCAAGACCAGACCACCAAGCGGCAGCUGGUGCCCAUCAAGUUUGAGCCCAUCACUGACACCAAGGCCAUGUCCGAGGAGGACAUCCAGAACGCCGUGCGCGCGCUUGCGCACGAGAUCCCAGUCGACCGGGAAGGCCUCUGGGCAUGGGACGUUAAGUGGGACUAUCUUGAGGAGUCGGUUAUCCGCGAGAAGCUGCGGCCGUUUGUCGAGAAGAAGGUGGUCGAGUACCUGGGCGUGCAGGAGCAAUUCUUGGUGGACGUUGUCGAGGAGCACCUGCGCAAGCACCAGAAGCCGGCUGAAUUGGUGGAGACGCUCAGCGAAGCCCUGGACGAGGACGCUGAAGACAUGGUCAAGAAGCUGUGGCGCAUGGUCAUCUUCUUCACCGAGAGCGAGAAGCGCGGGCUACCUGCGUGAGCGUGGGCUAGUUGCUUGGCCGGGACAAAUCCACAUUCAUACGUGUAUUGUUAUUUAAUGGAGGCGUUACUGGCGCAUCUGUUGGUCUUUUGCGUAAUUCGUCACAGAAUUCGUUCACUAUAGGUUGCUGUUGGGGCGGCACAGCUGGGGCAACGAGAGAGGGGGGCCCAUGCCAUGCCAAGAACACCAUUCUGUUUGCCUUUGUCUCUCCCCGGCCCCUAAUGAAUUUCAUUCCCUUCCUUUUGCUGGCGGCUCGAAGCGCAGAAUCCAGGAAUCCUAACAACAAGACAGUAGUGGAGUGUAUGACGCAGUCUGAGGAGGCAUCCGUGCAGUACCUUGGUUAGUGAGGUACGAAGUAGUCUGUUGAGCUAUAGAAUCCGGAAUUGGGAAUCCGGG